AUGGCAGACGAGGAGAGUGCGCUAUCAGAGGAAGCUCGAAGAUACGCUCGGCUCGGGGCCACAUUGGUCGUCCAUGUCCCAGAUCCGGAACAGAAGACCACCGGAGCCAGGACGACGAAGCGCGGAAUAACGAGUCUACUAUACACCGGCAAGCUGAGUACCAUGUCUGAUGUAGAGCAUUUGCUUGACGCAGUAGUCCGAACGCAUGGCAAGGUCGACUUAGUCAUCGAUGCUGCUGGUCACGUCGUGCAGAGACCAGGAAGUGCUCAGAACACCAGAGCUACAGACGAUCUGCUUGCAUACGCCAUCUUCGUUCAUAUCCAGCAGCAGCUCAUCGGAGAGCGUUAUCGAGAAGAAUCAAGGAAGUUAUUGCUUGGUCGUGCUUGA